AGGACAGGCUCAAUAACUUACUUCCUGGUUUAAAGACAGACUACAAUUUUACAUCUACUUUAUAAUCAACGAAACAAGUAACCAGAAGAAAAGGUGAAUCGACAGUAUACGUGCUUGCAUUGAAAUUAUAUCAGAAAACACACUGAAAAAUGGACGAUCUGUCAAUAAUGCUGCUGGGGAUAUCAACAAAACUUGAUGACAAGGAGCUUAAAGAUUUAAAGUUUCUUUGCCGGGAGAAGAUCUUUAAGAAACGGCUAGAAUCUAUAAACAGUGCCACAGAUCUUUUCACGUGCCUUAUGGAACUGAACGAAAUCUCGAAUGAAAAUUUAGAUACUCUCAUAAAAUUACUGAAAUUAAUCAAGAGAGAUGAUCUUGUAAACAUAGUGGACGAUUACCAAAUACACCAUCUGGGCUUUUCCACACAGCCUGAGAGACAGGAAAGAAGUCAGCUUGAUCAAGCAUUUGACAUCAUAUGUGAAAAUCUCGGUAGUAACUGGAAGAUGCUUAUGCGCAGACUUGGAGUUACGGACGUUAUUUUGGAACGUGCUGUGGCUGCACAUCCUUACAGUAUGUAUGAGCAGCAGAUGCAGUGUUUCAAGGAUUGGCGGAGAAUGAAGGGGGAGGCGGCAACUGUUUCUGUUUUGUGCGAAGCCCUCCGAAGCAGCAAAUUGAAACUGAUAGAGGAUAUACUGACUGAAAAGCUGGAACUAAGCUAGAUUAUUUUCUAUAUAUUUCCACAACUUGUGUGGUUAUCAAAUCAUUCAUUGCCUAUGAAAUGAAUCCUUACACUAAGAGCAAUCCGGGGUUUUACUACACAAUCUAGAUUGUAAGCUCCUUCGAGCAGGGUCCAGAACAACUUAUCAUCCUGUCCAAAUUUGUAAUAGUUUUUCUCAUUUGUUGUUAAAUCCCCCUUUACAAUAUUGUAAAGUACUGCUGAAUAUGUUGGCGCUAUAUUAAUGUCAAUAAUAAUAAUAAUGGAGGUUUUUAUGUCAAAAGCAGUAAACCUUUUAUUGUUUUACUCCCAUUCUUGUUGAUUAGAUGGACAGGUAGAACAUGUUGCAUGGUAUAAGUGACGUCAGCACAGCUCUGCGACAUACAUGCCCUGGCCGUCCUGAGAUUAGUGGGAGUUACACACCCUGGCAGCAGUUGACACCAUUGUCUCCCAUUAUGGGUAUGCCAUGAUAAGAGCAGGGAGGAUAGAGUCAGUGUGAUUCUGCAGGCAUGUCUGUAAUAGGAAACGGACAACAUUUAAAUUGCAGUAUGAUCACCAUAACUAGCUAUCGAUUUAGUGGUUAUGUUUCUAUUUAGGCUGCAGUCGCUGUCCUCCGGUUCUGAGUUAAACAGUUUGCGUGGUUUGACUCAGAAUACCUGUAGCUAACGGCUAAUGGAGAAGUAGAAUGUUCAUAUUAAGAACUUAAAUUUCAGCCAUAUUUAAAUGGCAAUGAGAGGAUUAACAGAGCAGCCUAUCAAUGCCAUCCAUAUCAAUAC